UUUUAAUUUUCUCUCAUUCUUUCGUUCAUUCUCCAUCUUUUCCUCCCUCCCUCUCAUUUUCCAACCAAUCAAACAAAAACUUUCAAAACCCUUUCCCUCGUUUUUCGCUUCUGGGUUUUCUUUCCAUUUUUCUCCUUCGUUUUUUGUUUCUGCAUUUUCGUAGAUUCAAAACUCGUCGGAAAAAAUAUGGACGCUCGCCGGAGACUUAAAUCUCUUCCUCCACGUUCUCCCGCCGGCGGCGAAAACCUCAAAACCCAGAAGCUUAAAUCUCUUCCUACCACCACCACCGGAGAAAACCUCAAUUCACAGACUGUUUUUCUCUGUGUCACUAACGCUGUUUUCUUCGGUGUUUUCUUCUCCGUCGCGUAUUUCCUCCUCCACCGUUGGCGUGAGAAGAUCCGUACGGAAACUCCUCUUCAUGUCGUCACAGUCUCAGAAACCGCCGCCAUCGUUUCUCUCAUAGCCUCCGCCGUUUACCUUCUAGGUUUCUUCGGUAUCGGAUCACGUACUUCCUUCCCGGACGAUCUCUCCGAUGAAGAGAUUCUCGCUAAAGAAGACUCACGAAAACCAGGACCGUGUCCAGCAGCACUUGUCGACACCGACGUAAAACCACCACCAGCAACAUUAACUCCAAUUGUAGCUCCAGUGAAGAUCUAUGAAGUUGUUGCACCCGUGAAUCUCACACCGGAAGACGAAGAAAUUGCAAAAUCAGUUGUCACCGGUUCAAUUCCGUCGUAUUCCUUAGAAUCCAGACUAGCAGACUGUCGUAAAGCGGCGGCGAUACGUCGUUCAGCGGUGCAAACGAUAACUGGAAAAUCUCUAGAAGGUUUACCGUUGGAAGGUUUUGAUUACGAUUCGAUAUUGGGACAGUGUUGUGAGAUGCCGAUAGGGUUUGUUCAAAUUCCGGUUGGUGUUGCGGGUCCACUGUUGUUAGAUGGAGUUGAGUACACUGUGCCCAUGGCUACCACUGAAGGGUGUCUUGUUGCAAGUACUAAUAGAGGGUGUAAAGCUAUUCAUGUUUCUGGUGGAGCUUCUUCUGUUUUGCUUAGAGAUGGAAUGACCAGAGCACCUGUUGUUAGGUUUUCGUCGGCCAAAAGAGCUGCUGAGUUGAAGUUUUUCUUGGAAGAUCCGCUUAAUUUUGAUACACUUGCUGUCACUUUCAACAAAUCAAGCAGAUUUGCUAGAUUGCAGAGCCUUCAGCCGACAAUUGCUGGCAAGAAUUUGUACAUUCGUUUCCGUUGUAGUACUGGUGAUGCCAUGGGGAUGAACAUGGUGUCAAAAGGUGUUCAAAAUGUCCUUGAUUUUCUUCAGAGUGACUUUCCUGACAUGGAUGUCAUUGGAAUCUCAGGAAAUUUCUGUUCCGACAAGAAAGCGGCGGCUGUAAACUGGAUUGAAGGGCGUGGUAAGUCUGUGGUGUGUGAGGCUGUUAUUAAGGAAGAGGUUGUGAAGAAAGUGUUGAAGACUAGUGUGGAGGCACUGGUUGAGCUUAACAUGCUUAAGAACCUAACUGGAUCAGCCCUUGCUGGUGCUCUUGGUGGGUUCAAUGCUCAUGCUAGCAACAUUGUCUCUGCUGUCUACAUAGCCACUGGUCAAGAUCCUGCUCAGAAUGUGGAGAGUUCUCAUUGUAUUACCAUGAUGGAAGCUGUGAAUGAUGGCAAGGACCUUCACAUUUCUGUCACCAUGCCUUCCAUUGAGGUUGGUACUGUGGGAGGGGGAACACAACUUGCAUCUCAGUCAGCUUGUCUUAAUUUACUUGGUGUUAAGGGCGCCAACACAGAAUCUCCAGGUGCAAAUGCUAGGCUAUUGGCCACCAUCGUAGCUGGUUCGGUACUUGCCGGCGAGCUAUCACUCAUGUCUGCAAUUGCAGCUGGACAACUAGUUAAGAGUCACAUGAAAUAUAACAGAUCUAGCAGGGAUAUGUCCAAAAUCGUCUCGUGAGCUGGCCUCACACAACACAACAAUAAACUUGUAGAAGGGACCAAUGCCUCUCAUAAGGACAAAAAAACGACCAAAAAGAUCGUAUAGUUGGUUUUCAAAAGGACUGUUGGUGGUGGCCAUGGGGUGAAUAAAAAAAUGAUGAUCAGCAUCUUUUUGAGCUCAACAAGAGCAUGUGGUAAGAACAAAAAAAUAGAAAAGGUUGCAUCUAGUGGUAUUCAACACCUUAGUCCAUGUGGGAGGCAUUGUCUUUUAUGAGAUUGUACAGAAGUGUUGAAUCAGAAGAUGGAGAAAACAAGUGGCUAAACCUUUGGCAUUAGUUUGAUUCUUUUUAUUUUAUUUUGUUUUAAUUUAUUCUGUAUUGUGUCAUUUCUCUUGUCGAAAGUUAUUGCCUCAAAAAUUUGUUAUUUUAGUGUGUCUGUGUGUGGAGUAUUUUGAUGUAGAGUUGUUAAUAAUAGUCUCUGGUUGGCCAUCACUAUACACUACUUUUUUCUAUCUCUUCAAUUCUUGUCUUUUGGUGGUUGGCACUUUGUCCAAAUACUUUGGAUGUCGGUAUUUCCAAAAUAAUUUUCAUAGAGAUUCUUAGACAAGAGAGUUUUAAGGGA